AUGCCUAGUUCAUCAUAUGACUUCCGGCCGCUAGCAGCAGCACAAGAUGCUACGAUCGCUGCAGUACUUGAACCCGAUAGGCGAUCGCCUCCCCCCGGUAGUCGACCUGUACUACGUCUCGUCUGCUCGACGGAGGACGAACACGUUUUGAGCGCACACUUACCGGGUUUCGCUCCGGAAAUGGUCACUGUAUCCACACGCAAGGAGGACAGGCUAGCCGUCGUCGCGGAUCUAUGGCAUGCGGAGAGCAAUUGUCAUCACGAGUGGCUUGUCGUGUUCUCUUCACGCGACGCGAACGUGCUGCAGACGCGCGCUCAGUUCUCCGCCGACGGCAUGCUUACUAUCCAUAUUCCCCGUCGCAAAGGAAACUAUUAUUGGACUCGAAGCAGACUCCGUUGA